UCGCGGCGGCAGAGCUUCACGGAACGGAACAGGACAGGCGGCGAGCGAAGCGAGGCGGAGAGAGAAACAGCUGAUCCCCCGGUUUUUCCGGAUACGCCAUCGUAGGAUCGUACAAGUGAGCACAUGUCGGUCGCGCGAUAAUCAUUUCCACGACACCGUUUUUUUCCUUCCUCCUCUCCCUCUCGUUCACUCCGGACGCGUUAAGCGAGUCGGGUGACGUUUUUACGGAGGACGAGAUUUGCUCGCGUGGCAACGCGCCGGUGGUGACAGCGGCCAACCUUUCCUUCCCCGGUGUAUAUUCACGUGCGAUGAGUUACGGCCGGCGACAACCGGCUCGCAAUUAGUACCCUCCUCCGUUGUCCUCCCCGUUGCGUUUGCCCCGAGGUAAGAAACUAUGGCCGAUCGCGAUAGCGCGUCCGAGAGCGACUCGAGCUCGAUCGACGGCGGACCCAUUAUGAUGCCGCCCUCGCCGGUGACGCGCGAGCAGCUGCAGAAGCGGAUCGAGUCCCUGCAGCAGCACAACCGCGUGCUCAAGGUCGAGCUGGAGACGUACAAGCUGCGAGUGAAGGCUCUGCAGGAGGAGAAUCGCGGUCUGCGCCAGGCGUCUGUCAUUAUACAAGCGAAGGCCGAGCAGGAGGAGGAGUUCAUAAGCAACACGUUGCUGAAGAAGAUCCAGGCCUUGAAGAAGGAGAAGGAAACUCUGGCCCAUCAUUACGAGCAGGAGGAGGAGUGCCUCACCAAUGAUCUGUCGAGGAAGCUGAACCAGUUGCGGCAGGAGAAAUGCAGACUGGAACAGACGUUGGAGCAGGAGCAGGAGUGCCUGGUAAACAAGCUGAUGAGGAAGAUCGAGAAGCUAGAAGCGGAGACUCUGGCUAAACAGAGUAAUCUGGAGCAGCUGCGACGUGAGAAGGUCGAGCUGGAGAAUACUCUGGAGCAAGAGCAAGAGGCUUUAGUCAACAAACUGUGGAAGCGAAUGGAUAAACUUGAGGCAGAGAAGCGGAUGCUGCAGAUUAAGCUGGACCAGCCAGUGUCGGAUCCUACUUCCCCCAGGGAGAUCAACAACGGCGAUACAGCUACGAAUCUGAGCACUCACAUUCAAACCCUGAGAAGCGAGGUCGCCCGAUUAAAACACACUCUGCUUAUCUCGCAGCAGGAACAUACGGAGAAAAUGAAGCGAUACGUUAACGAGGAGAAGCAAAUACGCGAGGAGAAUCUGAGAUUGCAGAGGAAACUGCAGCUCGAGGUGGAGCGUCGCGAGGCCUUGUGCAGACAUCUUUCAGAGUCUGAAUCCAGUUUGGAGAUGGAAGAAGAACGGCACUAUAAUGAAAUUGUGAUGUCUGGGGGAAAUAUAAGGACACGCACUCUGUCCAGUCCUGUGCCCUACAAUCCUUCGCCUAGUUCCUCAAGGCCACUAAGCCCAGGUAUUAACGUGCUAGGUUCAACGUCCAGAGAGGGUUUCAACGCAAACCGGUGCUAUGCCUGCGGCCAACCGACUGCCUCUCCUUUCGCGAGCUCGUCGCCUCCUUCAGGGGGACAUAUCGUGGCGCCGUCCAGCAGACGCACGUCGGAUCGUUUUGUGAAGCCGGCAAUACCACCCACCAUCGUGAGUCCUGGUGGACCUCCAACCAUCGCUCCGAAUCCUACGGCGAACGUCGCUGCUCCCCAUCCAGGAUCACCGAUGGACAUCGCGAAGACAUAAGUCGUCUAUUCGAAGAGAAGAGGACUCUCUACGGAAACUCCUUUUACGCGCGCAGGAUACUUCUCUAAAUGGUGCGUCCCAGUUAAAGAUGAUACGCGAUUCGGAGUUAGACACACCACCAGGUCGGCGCUUUUUCUCUUCGAACGUCUACUUUGUUCGUUAACUACCAUUACUACUUCAGCUCUAAUGUAAACACACGGGCUAUUGUUCUAAGACACAGGACUUGAAAUAAUUCCGAUCUGAAUGGCAGUUGUAGAGUUUAAAUGACGCGAAUGAUUGCGAAGCCUCUCGGUCACGGGGUGCUUCUCUCCACGACAUCCCGCUUCCUGCAACGAUUCCUUUUGAUGCCUGAAGUACCAUUCAGACCGAGCUCUUUCUCGUACUACGCAAUUAAUAUCGUUUGAGUGUUCUACGUAAGAAAAAAAAUGAAACAUUGACAUGUUGCUUCCAUGUUCCAAGUAAUCGUAAUAUAAAUGUUGAGCGCGAACGCCGGUUGAACAUCUACACGGUAUAUAUUUGCGAUAUUAUUAUUGUAUCUUACUAUGUGCGUUUAAGAACGUAAACGAAAGUAACUAGGGUGUAGCGUUGCGAUGUUAACACGAUUUAACAGGUAUGCAUUUUGUUUAGCUUUUGAGCCUGAAUAAUUAUUUAGCGCACAUUACCGAGGUGGAAGCAUAAUUCUACUUGAGGAAAGAUGUAAUUAGUUCUCUCGCAGAGAUUGUGUCAGAUCUUAUAAGUAAGCAAAGUCAAAUUUCAGCGAGAUUUUAGUCUCGGAGACUUUCAGAAAUUUUUUAUUCAACGAUCGCGCGAGGAUCUGACAUAUUUUAAGGCCUUAAAAUUCCAAAGAUUCCAGACAUUUCAACGAUCUGAAAAUCUAAAGCAAUCUAUUACUAAAAUAUAUGUAAUUAAAUGCUCUUUAAUUGAAAUAAAGUAUUA